AUGGAUAUGUCAGAAGAUAGGAGUAAUGGAAUGGAAGCGAGGAAGGAACCAUUCUGGGUGUUUGGUUAUGGUUCCCUUUGCUGGAACCCAGGGUUUCAAUACCAGCAAUCAAUCACUGGUUACGUUAAAGGAUUCUCAAGAAGAUUUUGGCAAGGCAACACAACUCACCGAGGGACCGAAUCGAAGCCUGGCCGAGUCGCGACGCUCAUUGAGGAUAAGGAAGGCAUCACCUGGGGCAAAGCAUUCCUGAUAUCAGCGGACGACAACGCAGCCUUACCUUACCUGUCCACCAGGGAAUGCAAACUCGGUGGCUAUAGAACUCACACAGUCAACUUCCACCCUCGCCCCAACCUAUUCGGAUCAUCAUCAUCCUCCCUUAGUAUCACAGAUAAGAAAAACGCUCUUUUGUACAUCGCAGUGCCCGAAAACAAGCAUUGGUUAGGCGCAGCUCCCUUACCUGAUAUAGCAAAACAAAUUCUAGAAUGCCAUGGACAAUCCGGUCCAAACGCAGAAUAUCUCUUAAGGCUAGCAGACUUCAUGAGGGAAGAAAUCCCCGAAGCGUUAGACGAACACCUCUUUUCCUUAGAAAGGUUGGUCAGAAAGUUCGCUUCUGACAUGAAGAUCUGUUUGAGAACGCUAAUGGGUGAGGAACCUCAGGAGGAGAAGCAAGAAGUGAAAGCUGUCGUGCCCAGCUACCAGUUCGCGUCCAGAAUUCCAGAGAAGAAAUUACGUUGUGUCAAUAUGUGA